AUGUCCAAGCGGGCGCGGUCUAUCAGUCCGCCUAAAAGCCCUAUGUCCAGUCUCAGCGCCUUGUCUUCCAAACGAACGAGGUACUCUACACCCGAACGCACACGAUCUUACUCCCCCCCUGUCAACCCGCGUAUAAACGUCGCUUCAAUUCGAGGGGCCGUAACUCAACGUCGCCUGCGUCACCUGAAUCGGGAUGGUUCUAUUGCGCGCCAACUUCCUCUGCAUCAACCGCUGACUCGGGAGCGUUAUAUUGAGCAGGGACCUUCCAUUCCUGUCUCUUAUGGCUCGACAUCUGGGCAUCCAGGAGCCUUUCCCGUCGGGCCAGCCAGCACAUACGGAGAACGUAACACCUACCGCUCAGGAGGAACCUUGCCUCUAUCUGGACACCAAGGAUCGGUUACGGAUGGGCAAACGCAGGUUUCGCGACCGAAUAGUUCACGCGGAGAACUUCAGAUCCGCUUCGCAGCGGGAAACGUCGAUGUAGAAUAUGAGGGGCCAUCAGAUGGGGAGUCGUUGGAUGAGGCGUCAUCGGAUGGGCAGUCGUUGGAUGAGGAGGAGUCGGAUUGGGAGUCAUCAGAUGGGGAGUUCAGCGAAGAAAAUGGAACGGAUGGGGACGUCUCGGAUUUGUCGGGCUCUGAGGUAUGGACGGUCGUUGACGACGAUGAAGAGUGGAAUAAUCUGAGCGACGACGACGACGACGAACACGCUCUGAGUCGUGCUUCAAAUGCCCCUGCCGGCUACGAUGCCUAUGCCGCCUAUGAUGCCUAA